AUGAGCGGAUUCCGGUUUUUGAACCUCGUCCGGCCAUUCCUCCCCAUCCUGCCCGAAGUCUCCUCGCCCGACCGGAAAGUUCCGUUCAACCAAAAGGUGCUAUGGACGGCCGUGACCCUGCUCAUCUUCUUGGUUUGCUCGCAGGUGCCGCUCUACGGCAUCAUGUCGUCCGACUCGUCUGACCCGCUGUACUGGAUGCGCGUCAUCCUCGCAUCGAAUCGUGGGACACUCAUGGAGCUCGGUAUCACCCCCAUUGUCACUUCCGGAAUGAUCAUGCAACUAUUGGCUGGCGCGAACUUGAUUGAGGUCGACUUUUCGCUGAAGGAAGACCGUGCGCUGUUCAGUGGGGCACAAAAGCUGUUCGCUCUCAUCAUCUCGCUGGGCCAAGCAACCGUAUACGUCCUUACAGGUCUCUACGGUCAACCUGGUGACAUUGGCGCUGGUGUCUGUCUGCUCUUAAUUAUUCAGCUGAUCUCCGCGUCCUUGAUUGUCAUCCUCCUUGAUGAACUCCUCCAGAAGGGCUAUGGUCUCGGUUCCGGAAUCUCGUUGUUCAUCGCCACCAACAUCUGCGAAUCCAUCGUCUGGAAAGCAUUCUCGCCCACGACUGUCAAUACUGGCCGUGGCCCUGAGUUCGAAGGUGCUGUUGUGUCACUGUUCCACCUUCUAUUCACUUGGAACGACAAGGGUCGUGCACUCCGCGAGGCGUUCUGGCGGGAGCGUCUCCCUAACAUCAUGAAUCUCAUUGCAACGGUCGUCGUAUUUGCUGUCGUCAUCUACCUGCAGGGCUUCCGUAUCGAAAUCCCAGUCAAGUCGAACAGGUUCAGGGGCCAGCGUGGAUCGUACCCCGUGAAGCUGUUCUACACGUCGAACAUGCCUAUCAUGUUGGAGUCUGCUUUGACUUCGAACGUCUUUAUGAUCUCGCAAAUGCUCUCUUCGCGCUUCCCCAGCAACAUUCUUGUCAAACUGCUGGGGGUGUGGGAGCCUAUGGAAGAUUCCCCUCAGCUUGCAGCAGUGUCUGGUAUCGCAUAUUACAUGUCCCCACCUCACACUCUGAAGGCUGCCCUGCUCGACCCCAUCCACACGGUUCUCUACGUCGCAUUCAUUGUCACUGCUUGCGCCAUUUUCUCCAAGACAUGGAUAGAAGUAUCGGGAAGUGGCCCGCGCGACAUUGCGAAGCAGCUCAAGGAUCAGCAGAUGGUCAUGGCUGGUCACCGUGAGGGCUCAAUGUACAAAGAAUUGAAGCGCGUCGUCCCCACGGCUGCUGCACUUGGUGGAGCGAUGUUGGGUCUGUUAUCCGUUGCAGCAGACUUGAUGGGUGCAAUCGGCAGUGGAACGGGUAUCCUCAUGGCCGUCACUAUCAUCUACAGCUACUGGGAAAUCGGCAUGAGGGAAGCGGGUGGUCCCGAGAUGGCAGCCCUCGGCGAUCUGCUAUGA